AUGAACUCAGCAGUCACCACCCCGCUCCUGGUCGAGCCCUUCCCACUCUUCGGCGAAAGCGCGCUCAACGAAUCCGCCGACUACUUCUCCCAGAUCUCCUCCCGUAUGAGCACGUUGCACUCCCUCGCCUCGAAACAAAAGCCCGCCAUCUUGCGUCGUCCGCGAAUAUCGCUCCCGGACAAAGUAACACACCAGCUGCGGUUAAAGUACUACCAAUAUGAGGUCACAUUUGGGCUUUAUAUGUUAGAGCCUUGGGAGCGGGUGGUGCUGAAUAUGAUUGUGUUGUUGUUGGCGAUAUUGAUUGGGUUGGCGCUGUGGCAUGGGCUGGGCCGUUGGCUUGUUGGGUCGGUGUGCAGGCUGGUGUUCUACUUGACGGGAAGUUCGAGGCCGGUUGGGGUGAUUUGUGAUGCAGUCGAAUGA